CAGAGACAGUUAUCAUACAUUUACCAAAAAGAUGCUUAAGUCGAUAUUUCUGGUUGCAGCCCUCCUGGUCGUGGUACAGGCCACCAUUCUGUUGCCCAAGCCCCAGCCGGUGGAGCCCUGCAGCACAUGCAAUCUCUACCAAAGAGACUACACCUGGGCCCUAGAGGACUGCACCUGCCGUGUCUUCCAGAACGCUUGCCUCCUGGGCGAGGAGAAUGCUCGCAGAAAGAAGGCCGGAAAAACCCCUCUUAUCAUUAUUUCGGAGAAGGUAUGCCGAAGUUUCAUUCCGAAGAAGUGCCUUAUUGGACUACCAGUGGUGGCCAAGUUCCCGAAACCAGCCCCAUGCGGCUGCAAUGGCAAGCCUGGCAACCUCGUCAACCAACAGUUCAAGAAUCACUGUGCGCUGAAAAAAUACUCCUCUGAAAAUUCAAAGCCCUACAUCAGCUACACAAUUGGAAUCUGCUAGGAAUCUUCACCGAUGGAAGCAUCAACUACUUUCAACAUUGACGACUCCCAUGCUGUUUUGUUUUUUAAUUUUACCUUAUCUCGAACCAUUUAACAUACAUACAUAUCCGAAGUAAAUGCCCUGCACUAAAAAAACUA